AUUCUGUUAUGGGUAUCAUAUGUGCUAGUAUACGAGUUAUUGUUGUCUCCGCUUGCGCAGUAUCCUGGUCCGAGGCUAUGGGCCCUUUCUUAUCUUCCCUCUCAGCUCAGCUUGAUGCGAGGACGCCAUCACUUGAAAAUGCUUGCCCUUCAUGAUCGCUACGGUUCUGUUGUUAGAACCGGACCCACUACUCUGUCGUUCAAUACUGCGCAAGGGUUCCGAGACAUCUACGGAUUUCGCCCAGGAGUGUCACAGUUCCCUAAAGACCCCAAGGUCUAUGGCUCUUCACUGAUGCCUACCCGAGAUGCAGUUGGUGGGUUUCUCAGCAAUAAAGAUCAUAGCAGGCAGCGGCGAAUACUAGCGCACGGUUUCUCUGACCGAGCGAUUCGUGACCUGGAGCCACGACUCACUGUUUUCAUUGAUAUGUUCAUCUCCCGCCUACGCAGCCAGGCGCACCAGCACAAGGCCGUAGACAUCAAGGCGUGGCUUGAGUUCGCCGCCUUCGAUAUUACGGGGGAUUUGAUGUUCGGCGAAACCUUUGACUGCCUUUAUGACAGCCAGCUCCAUCCGUGGAUUGAGUUCAUCUUCGAUAGUAUAAUGGGAACCACUAUUCUCAGCGCUAUACGCCAUUUCCCCAUCCUCGCUGCACUGCAGGAAGUCUGCACCCCUUCCUGGUUCCGUCGACAGCUGAAACAAAACUUUGCUCUUAGUGCAGAAAGAUCUGAUCGCCGAAUGGAGCAAGGAACGACUCGGUCAGACUUUAUGUCGGCUAUGCUAAAGAAUGGACUCGCGGAUGAAAAAAGCUCACCACAGUUAAGACUGGAAGAGAAGCAUGUAGUCCAAAUGUCUCGUCAUGAGAUCCACGCCAAUGCAACCUUUAUCAUUCUUGCGGGGAGCGAAACUACCGCCACGGCCCUUUCCGGCUGCAUCUACUACCUCUGCAUCAACCGCGAUGCACUAGCACAGCUAUCUCAGCUCGUACGGAAGACAUUUUCUCGUGACUCAGACAUCACAAACGCCAAAUGCGCCAGUUUACCAUAUGUGGAUGCCGUCAUUGACGAGUCCCUACGACUGUAUUCGCCCAUGGCUGCUCACUUGCCCCGAGUGGUCCCUCCUGGGGGCGCGACGGUUGCUGGCAAUUUUUUGCCUGCGAAUACCAAUGUUCACGUUCCGCACUACGCAUCAUACAUGAGUGAUUCAAACUUUCUCCGCGCCAAAGAAUUCCUCCCAGAGCGAUGGUUACAAUCCGACCCACAAUUUGAAGCCGACCAGAGAGACACUUUGCAACCAUUUUCUAUGGGAGCUCGGAAUUGUUUAGGGAAAAAUCUGGCAUACCUUGAGAUGCGACUGACACUAGCUAAGUUGGUUUUCAACUUCGAUUUGGAGCUUUGUCCACAGAGCGCGAAGUGGAACGAUCAGCAUUCAUAUUUCAUUUGGCACAAACCAGCAUUGAUGGUGCGGUUAAAUGACGUGUCAAGUAAAUAA